AUGCUGCCACGGCGGGUCCGCGCGGGCCUGAGCCUCGCGGCCGGCUGCCUCAUCAUGACGUCGAUCGGCGCGGGCUACGCCAUCUCGGCCUGGAACGCGCAGCUCAAGGCGUACCUGCAGAUGGACCAGAGCCAGAUCGCGUUCACGAUCGUCGUCGGUACGAUCCUCCUCCCGCUCCUCUACGCGCUGCUUUCGAUGCUCACGGCCGCGAAAAGCUCGCCGCUCGCCUUGGCGCUGGCCCUAGGCUGCAUCGGCCUCUCGAGCCAGUUUGCCGGCAUCGUCUCGCUCGGCGCCAACGAAGGCCUCUACGGCGAGCGCCACCGCGGUCUCGUGCUCGGUCUUCUCCUCUCGUGCUUUAGCGCGGGCGGCGCCGUCUUCUCGCUCCUCUACAAGACGUUCUUCAACGACCACGUCGCUGCGUACUUUAGCUUUAUGAGCGCCGAGACGCUGCUCGUGUGCGGUCUCGGCGUGCUGCUGCUUCUGCCCCACGACGACGAGGUUGCCAAGCACGAGUAUGCAGCGAUCGACGCCGACGUCAACGUCACGGGCUGGGCGCUCACGAAAGACGUUCGGUUCUGGUACCUCUUCUUCGCCGUGCUCAUUGGCGUCGGGUCGGGCCUCUUUGUCAUGGCGAACCUCGCGUUCCUCCUCGAGUCGGCGGGCGGCGCGCCCGACGCCGUCGCGCCCUACGUCUCGCUCUUCUCACUGUGCAACCUCGUGGGCCGGCUGGUUGUCGGGCAUCUCUCGGACACGUACCUCGCCACCUGGACGCGCGCCUCGUUCCUAGGCCUGGGUCUGGCCAUGACCAUGCUCGGCCAAGUCCUCUUUGUAUUGGCGCCGCUUGGAUGGUUCUUCGUGCCCGUGGCCGUCGGCGGCAUUGCCGAAGGCUUCCUCUUCCCCACGUACACGGUGCUGACGCGAGAGCUUUUUGGCGCCAAGUACUUUGGCGAGAACUUUGGCGCGAUGACGCUCGCCAAUGCGAUUGGGUUUCCGCUGCUGCUUGGGCCGCUCUCGUCGCGGCUGUACCGCAUCGCGUCGGCUCUCGACCCGACCUCGGGCGCCGAGGUCUGCGUCGGUCGGCACUGCUUUUUCUGGCUUUUUGCGAUCGCCUUCGGGCUCAACGGCCUCGGCCUCUACUGCGCGUACAAGCUGCAUCUCGCGACGCGCACGUCGUAA